GAGAGAGAGAGAGAGAGAGACAGACAGGGAGAGAGAGAGAGAGAGCCAGACAGACAGGGAGAGAGAGAGAGACAGAGAGAGUUAGCGGAAAAACAACACGGUGUCGUGACGUGACAACAUAAUCAUUACCACUUAUGAGUAAAAGUGCACAGUCAUGAUCGGUAACGGGAGAGUCUGUACGUGACAAAGAGAGCGGGCGCGCGGACCUGCACCUGCACCUGCUCGCGCUUCAUCCCCGUCCUCGUUAUCUUGUGGGAAGAAGAAUAAGGCGCGAUCAUGGGACGCUACAGCGGCAAAACGUGUCGCCUGAUUUUAAUGCUCGUCAUCACCGUUAUCUUUUUCGUGGCCGAGAUCGUGGCGGGAUACGUGGGCAACUCCAUCGCGCUCGUGUCGGACUCCUUCAACAUGCUGUCUGACAUUCUGUCGCUGUGCGUCGGGCUGACGGCAGCGCGGGUGUCGCGUCGCGCCGGCUCGGGACGCUACACGUACGGGCUCGGGCGGGCGGAAGUGGUCGGCGCGUUGGCCAACGCCGUGUUCCUGGCCGCCCUUUGCUUCUCCAUCUCCAUGGAAGCGCUGAAGAGACUCGCCCGGCCCGAGGCCAUCGAUGACUCGCUGCUGGUUCUCAUCGUGGGCACGUUAGGUCUGGCGGUGAACGUCGUGGGUCUGCUCAUCUUCAUGGACUUCAGCUGGCUGUGCGGCGCGAAGCGACAGAAAGACGACGAGAGCGCGGAUGCGGAUGAAGAAGCAGGCAGCCUGGACCACCAGAGUGAAGAGCAGAAGUCCGCAGACGACGGACCUCCUCUCAACAUAAGAGGAGUGCUGCUUCACGUGUUAAACGACGCCCUGGGCUCAGUCGUGGUGGUUGUGGCUUCGGCUUUGUUCUACGUAUGGCCCCUGGCUCCCGAGGGCCCGUGCAACUGGCAAUGCUACGUGGACCCCAGUCUGACCCUCAUCAUGGUAGCCAUCAUCAUGUCGUCGGCCGCCCCGCUGGUUAAAGAAACCGCCGGAAUACUGCUGCAAAUGAGCCCGGCCGAGCUGCACCUCAGCGCUCUCUUGGAGAACGUGUGCAAACUCAGCAGGGUUGUGAGCGUUCACGAGCUCCACGUGUGGGAGUUGACUAAAGGACGGAAUGUGGCCACCCUGCAUGUCAAAGUGUCUGCUGACCUCCACCAGCCGUCCUGGAGAACAGGAAUAUCCAGUCUUCACCGAGAGAUCCGAGAGGUGUUUCAUUACGCAGGUGUCCACAGCGUGACCGUCCAGUUUGAGCAUGUUGACGGAGAGCCGGACGGAGGCCACUGCGACUCCCCCUGUCUGUCCUCGUCCUGCGUGAAACUGUCGCGCUGUCCUGCGGGAGCCUCCUCUGCGUCUGUUCUGCACGGAAACCCGGCGUCACCCUCUGGGGACGUAAGUGUUGACAUGCUUGACGGCAGCAACACGCUGUUAAGACCGAAAGAGAGGACAAAUGCACACGGCGCGUGCACUAAGUUUUAAAGUGAAAAUCUUCAGGAGCGUUCCACACGCCUUCUUAAGGUUUUCAAGAUCUCACUCAGGUGAUGCACGUGGAUCUAUAAUGCUGUAUUUAUUAAGUGUGCCUCUUGCUGUCUGAUGCACUUUAGGCCUUUAACCUCCAGUGCCGCUAGCUCUAGUGCUUCACAACCAAAGCUGACGUUCCACAUCUGAAUAAAUGGGACUAGAUUCAGUCGGUUUAAAUAUGGCUGUCUGAGAGAUGAAUUCUCUGCAGAUCGCUCAUUAACUUUCUCUCCGGUUGUCAAGCACACAGAAAUUGUGUGUGUGUGUGUGUGUGUGUGUGUGUGUGUGCGUGCGUGCGUGCGUGCGUGCGUGUGUGUGUGUAUUACUGUUAUUACAAAACAUGUGAACAUUAAAAGCAGCACAUGAUCGGAACAAACAGCUUCAGAGUAAUGAAGAGAACACGAGGGCCUGGUUUUCACUUCUAAAUGUAAUCCAGAGCUUGUAAAGAAUGGGACUGCCUUUUGUUGCUUUCUUUCUUUAUCAUGUGUUUAACUACUUCUUUAAGAUUUUUUCAGAAUGUUACAUGUUUACAUGUAGGAUGUUUUAGAAUCAAGACACAGUAUUUCAUUUGUGAUUCAUUUUUAUAUUCUGGUUAAAACACAUUAGAAAACAAAAACCAACAUGAUAGUAAGAUCUGAUUUGUUGCUAUCACAGAUUUAUUACGGAAGCUCUUCCACCACAUAAUAAAUUGAGUUGGUCUUGGGCAUUAACGUCUGAAGCCCUGCAGGAUAAACUAUUUAUGAUAUACUAGAGUGCAAGUUACAUUUGCUUUGAGAAAAUAGUCUAGAGUUAUCAAAACCUUUUGUAUCGUGACACUGUGACUAUGAAGCACUUUUCCUCCUGAAAUUCUAUUUACUGUAAUUCAUCUAAUCCUUUGAAUUAAAACCUAAUCUAUUACAGAAAUCUGAGAACAUUUAGAAACAUUUUUAUUUUGGAUAAAAGAGACAUGCAAAUGUUUAUGAAGGAUUCACCUGAUCAUGUAUUUAUGAUCCUAAUUAUUCAUCAUUUGUUUCAUUCUUAGUAACUGUGAUUUUUUUAAUGAUUCAGGGCAUUUAUGCAUGUGUGUGUGUGUGGUGAGAGACAAUCAAACUGUAUUCUAUACUGUAAUAAAAAAAGUUAGCCCUUAAUUUUUGUAAAUAAACGUUGAGAUGCA